AGCGUGAGGAGGUCAGGGUCCUCUGUACAAGGUUAGUUUCCGCCAGUCGCUGUACGCCGCGCUACCGCUGUACAGUCGCGCCGCGCCGGCCACGCUGUACGCUGUACGCUAAACUGUGCUUUGUACGUGGAGAGCGGCAUUCGCUGGCUCCUGUACCAACACAGUUUUCGCAGUUCCUGCAGUUCGCUGUUCCAUUGUUCCAGCUGUCUUAGAAUCCUGGCUCCAAGUGCCUCCCCUGAAACAUAAGAUGUGGGGCAAGUUUUCCAAGUACGUGAUGCGGACACUGGUCUGGUUACUGAGGUUAACCGUGUGGCCGUACUCGAGACUGAUGGCCGUAUUCCGUAAGAAGACGCCACUGCCGGCCAUAGACAACAAUCUACUACUUCACAGCGCCACGUCAUUGGCUGACAAAAUACGGAACAGAGAAGUUUGCUGCGAGGAGGUGGUCCAAGCGUACAUCGCCAGGGUGAAGGCAGUCAACCCUCUUCUCAACGCUGUUGUACAGGACAGGUUUGAACAAGCGCUACAAGAGGCUAGAACUGUAGAUUUGCAGUUAGCCUCGGGAGUUUACAAUCCUGACCAGCUCAAGAAGGACAGACCGUUGUUUGGAGUCCCUAUCACCAUCAAGGAGAGCAUUGCCGUGCAGGGUAUGAGCCACAACGCAGGUAGAGUGAAGCCCAAGGAGAGAGUGGCCGCAGCGGACGCUAGUUUUGUUCGGAGACUGAAGGAGGCCGGAGUGAUCCCUCUCUUAGUGUCAAACACUCCGGAAGUCUGCAUGAGCUGGGAGACAUACAACAAUGUGACGGGACGCACCAAUAACCCCUACGACAUCAGGAGAACUGCUGGCGGCUCUUCUGGGGGAGAGGCAUCUUUGCUAGGUGCAGGAGCUUCAGUUAUUGGCCUAGCUUCAGACAUCGGAGGUUCAGGACGAAUACCAGCUCUGUUCUGUGGUGUUUACGGACAUAAACCAACUCCUGGCUACACGGGUAUUGACGGACACAUUCCAGUGUCAGAAGAUCCUGAUUGGGCUAACUUCUUCUCGAUUGCUCCGAUGUGUAGAUAUGCGGAGGAUCUUCCUCUGUAUAUGAGAUCCAUCAGCGAUCCUGAGAAACGAGACUUUCUUAGACUCGAUGAACCGGUGGAUCUAAAGAAGAUAAAAGUGUAUUACAUGGAAGAAGAUCCUUCAGUGCUCACAAACAAAGUUCAUCCUGAGUUGAAGACAGCAAUGAGACGAGCGGUCGCUCACUUUGCCAACAAGUACAAUAUCAUAGCACAGGAGGUUUCAAUCAAGGAAAUUGAAGAAGUUUUUCAGGUUGCAGGAGUUGUAAUGUUACGGAUGAAAUCAUGUCACACAGUUUACCAAAAGACUGAAGACAAUCCUGAAGAAUGGAACAGUGUGAUCCUGACCUACAUGAAGUAUGUCUUUGGUUGCACGAAUCACACGCAUCCACCUUUUGUUUAUGGACCCAUCAAGAAGUACGCAGAUAGUAUCUCGGACAAGGAGUUCCAAGAAAUGCUUCAGACCAAGAAGACACUCAUUGAAAAAUUUGAUGAUAUGUUGAAGGAUGAUGGUGUAUUCUUGUACCCCACAUUCCACGAUAUGACUAACUUCCACCUCCAGUUCUACUACAAGCUUCUCAACAUUGGUUAUUGCACGCUUUUCAACCUGAUAGAACUUCCUACUUGCUCUUGUCCUACAGGACUGGCCAAGGAUGGCAGACCUACAGGGUUCCAGGUGGCUGCCAACAAGCACCAAGAUCGUUUAGUGUUUGCCGUCGCUAAGGAGCUAGAAUCUGCUUUCGGAGGAUGGGUUCCCCCACCCUCCCCCCUUCAAGCAUCCAAGGGAGAAGACACGACAGAUAAACGAGUUGUUCAAGGAGCUUGACAUACGUAGACUUGCAAACAACUUUUGUUGUGGAUUCAGAAAAAAAUUUCUGAAACCUAAUUUUCGCAGGGACCAACUGAUAAGAGGUGAUAUUUGGCUGUGGAUAUAUGAUUGUUACCGUCCAUGUCUUGCUAUGUGUUUACUUAAAACUCUAUUCAGUUAGAAUGGACACAGAUAGUGAGUUUUACAGAAUUGGAAUGUUCAAACAAAACGGAACAACUUACAACUUUGUUAUCUAUUUUCGUAUUUAUUUGUAGACUGGUAGAAAAGUGUCACAAUAUUUGUAAAAACUCAUGUUGUUGUAAGCUACCUAAUAAGUUCAAAUAGGAAAAAUGUAAAAGAUUAUUGUACAUUCGAUAAAAAUACAUCUUACAAGGUCACUGUUCAGAUUAUCUUACACAUUUUGUAUGAAAAUGUUGAAGAACUGUAAAUACAAUAGUACUAUUCUUUCAACAUUGAUUUUACACUUUUGUAUUAGCAAUAUUGUAAA